AUGGCUGAUGCAGACGAGGAGGUCAUUAACUCUACCUCGGCCGAAGCGCCCCAGAUCGAGGUAGAUCUGUCAGACGAGACCCAGGAUUUUCGCCUACUAAACCACCUAAGUUUCCUUGGCGACACAGCUUCUUCAAGCUUACCCAAGCGUGGCGAAAAGGACUUCGAGCCCAACCCGACCGAGUUCCAGGCCGAUGUUCUCUCCGCCUCGCGACAGGCGAUGCAUAAUGCGCUCUCUCACCCGCGCAUUCACAAUCCCAAGAACCGAGUCAUAGGUUUCUAUGCGCCUGAUGGCCCUGCACCGCCACCGCAAUAUGUUGAGACUCCUAAGGAUAAAGGAAAGGGCAUGAACAUCUCGCCGGACGCCUGUGUCUGUAUCCCAAAUCCCAAGGGCAAAUUCUUUCAGAAUACAGGGCAGACAGAUCGGUGGAAUCGCGUGUGGCUGUUACCCGAGGAGGCUCUGUAUAUGAUUGAGAGAGGAAGCAUGGACAUUAGGUGGCCGACCUCCUUGACGGGGACCACGGAAAUGGGUGGCGACGUUAGCGAGGACGAGGUUUCGAUUCCGAUGAGUUUGCAAGCGGCAUACGCUUGUUUUAUGGGACAGGGCGGUUUGACUCUUGAGAGAUACUCGGUCUUCACAGGGUUGAAGCGGUUGGGAUAUACUGUCUUCCGGGCACCUGGAUGGGAUGACGCUGCCAAGCCUGAGGAUUCUAAUAAUGAGAAGAAGGAUGCAUACGCACAACUGAAACAAUUGAGACACCGCGGUCCGGGGCUCGCAGGUAUUCUGGCCUCCAUUUCGGAUUGGAUCCAUGAUCCCAUGUCCACAGCAUCCACGACAGCUGGUCCUGUCAUUGGAUGCGGCAUUCAUCGCACCUACAGCGAUGUAUACCGCAAAAUGGAACUGAUCCCAUGGUACGACCCUGUUCUUGCGCCCCAGCGGGAUCCCCUGGACACAAUAGCUCCCUUCAGAGUCGUCUUCCACGUCUACAAGCCCACAAACGUGAUCAAGAAGACCGCUCUUCCGACGCCAGAUUUCAGAAUUGCCGUCGUCAAUACUCGCGAACAAACAUCAAUCCCAACACUUCCUCAACUUGGCGCACUGUUAGAAAGCACGCCUCUCGAUCCGCCAUCUGGUGAGAAAAUGGAGCGCUUGCUGUAUAUGCGUUUGCGUCAUGGAUACCGCAAUGUUGUUUUAGCGGUUGUGGAUCAGGGUGUCACUAGCUUUUUGCGCAUUGGAGAUGCCGCGUUUGGUAAAGAGAAGUUAUUCGAUGCUAAACAUAUCCCAUCUGGUGGUAAGAAGCAUGGAUUUUCUAAGCAGAGAAGGAGGUGA